AUGACGACGCUGCUUGCUACCGAGAGCAACGGCAAAGCGGCAUUUCUAGCCUUCGACCGAAGCCUCACUGAUGGAGACAUCGCCAGUUUGAUCAAGGAGAUCGAGCCACAGGUACAACUCAAAUUGGAUCCUGAAACCAUUCGAGCCAUUCACGAGAUUAUGUGUAGUGAAACAGACGGCCAGCACACACUCGGCCAGCUGUUCCCACAGUCAGAGCUCGCUUCCUUUCUCACAAAUUGCUACACAAUGAACGGCCUGUUUCCCGAGGAAGGGUCUCUUCGCCUGACAGUCCGUGUUGCUUGUACAAUGAGCCAGGAGUAUGCCCGCCGCGCUAGCCUCUACCGCGCCGGUUUGAACACGGUCCAUUUUCAAACAUGA